UAUCAGUUCAAUAUUGACCAGCUUUCGGGGUCAAUGAUUUGUCGAUGAAUUUGUAUUCCGGCCUCUGGACUGGUCAGACGCUAUGACCGAAGUGAUACCUCAUAGCGCUCCUCAACGCUGUAGAAUCGUCAUAUAUGUGGUUUCGUUCAAUAAGUCCAGCUUGUGUGUUAAUUAUGUACUAACAUCGAUUUUUUGUUGAUAUUUGAGCACUCUCAGAGCGGAAACCAGUAGUCUGCAUAACGGGAUGUAUUUGGAUUGCUUGUGUUCGUAAUUCAUAUGGUGCUAUGAAAUACGAGAAGACUCGUUAUUCAAAAUCAAUGGUUUGAUGCAAGUCUAAUUAAAACGCCAGGAGUGUAUCUAUUUGUGAACUGUUCCAGCAAUGUGUUUUAUGAGAAUACGCGCUGCUGUGCUCCAUGAUUCCGGCUCUAACAAUGCUAUUGGUGUUUAGCAUCUGACAUAAAGUAUUGUGUGUGGGUAUCGUUUAUAGGUAGCAAGAAGCAAACACUGGCUGAGUAGAUAUGGAGGAAACUGAGAAGAACGGAAAUGUGUUUGUGGACAUUCCACAGGAUCUUCUCAGGGACACGCUGCCUCCGACCGGAGGACUCAUGGAAUUGGAUAUCCCAGAUGAUAGAAGGAGUAACACCAGCCGCCGUUCCAGUCUCCCCCCUCCGCCAGAUUCACACAUCCCCCUGGAGGAGGGAAAUACCAAUGUGCCUCCCUCCUCGCGAUUCCAACGCUGUCGAUGGAAGGUCAAGGCUCUCGUCGAACAUCUCCUUUUCCGCCUUUUCACCGUCAUCCUCAUCCUUGUAGACAUCUCUCUCGUUAUCAUCGACUUCUGUGCCGACCUUGACGAAGUGACGUCACAAAACAUCACCAUCACAUCUCGUAUCAUAGUCGGUUACUUCUUAUUCGAGAUCGUCCUCCGAAUAUUCGCCAAGGGCGUGAGUUUCUUCAAGAACUGUUUUGAUGUCACUGACAUGGUUAUAGUAAUCGCGACCUUUAUCAUAGACCUGGCACUUAGUAACUAUGGAAGAUGGGGCGUCGUCGGCCGAACAUUACGUAUCAUCCGAAUUGGCCGAAGUGUUGUAUUUAUGGUUCAGCAGUACCGUCACGUGAUCACCGCCACAAGAAAGACGGUAUCUCAAAACAAGCGACGGUACCUCAAGGACGGGUUCGACCUUGACCUUUGCUACAUCACCGAGAGAGUGAUCGCGAUGUCCUUCCCGUCAUCGGGUAUACGAAAAAUGUACCGGAACCCUAUCAAUGAGGUAGCUAGGUUCCUCAACACCAAGCACGCGAACCAUUACAAAGUGUAUGACCUUUGUAGUGAACGCAACUAUCCAACUGAGCUGUUCCACGGUAGAGUAGAAAGAGUUUACAUAGAUGAUCACAACGUCCCAACGCUAGAAGAUAUGGUGAAGUUUUGUGAUGACGUACGGGUUUUUCUGUCCGAAGACGAAGCAAAUGUGAUCGCUGUACAUUGUAAAGGUGGGAAGGGACGGACCGGAACAAUGAUCUGCACAUGGCUGGUGGACUGUGAGAUGUUCGAAGAAGCGGAAAAAAGUCUGGACUAUUUUGGAGGAAGACGAACUGAUCUGUCCGUAGGAUCAACUUUCCAGGGCGUAGAGACUCCCAGUCAGAGUCGAUUUGUUGGUUACUACGAAAAGGUGAAGAAGGAGUACGCUAAUGAGAUUCCUGCCAUCGUCAAAUUACGGAUAUCUACCGUAACUAUAACCGGUAUCAACACCGUCGGGAAAGGCGAUGGGUCAGACCUAUCUAUGAGUGUCUUUACCGGACGAGAGUUAGCAUUCAGCUCUAACUUUGGCAAGGGAGAGAACUGCAAGCUGUUACAUGACAAAGACAAUAAUAGGAUAGAGGUGACGUUGUGUAACUGUCCAAUACUUCUAGAGGAUACCAAAGUUAGGUUUACGUGCUCAUCGGUUGCUGUACCAAAGGGAUACGAUAACUGUGCUUUCUACUUCUGGUUCCAUACAGCAUUUAUCCACAACAAAAGAUUACUGAUACCACGUAACGAGCUUGACAACCCACACAAAACAAAGGUUCACAAGAUUUUUACAGAAGAGUUCUCCGUGAUGCUAAGCUUUGAAGAUGUCACGUGAUUACUGAUAAUGUCUGAGUUCAUCCAUCGUGGUAGAGAAUACCACACAAGACUCAACGCAUAGAUCUCAAAGGUACAGGGACAGGUCUCAAUACUGACCAGUAGCCACUGACCAAUGACCACUGACCACGGGCCAAAGUCAGGGUCAAUAAGGUCAUGGGCCAAAGUGCUAUCUACAGACGAGAACACAUAGACACGUAUAAUUUUUUACAUACUAUGAAUUGUUUUGGAUGUUUGUUUAAUAUUUGUCAUAUUUUAAUGUUUUCCAUUUUAUGCAUUUCUACUACACCCAUUCCGGAGUAACCAAAAUAUGUUGUGUGCUUACAAUACUUUUUAUCUUUAAUUUCAUUUUGAACUUGAUACAACCGUUUCAAUUUGAAACAAUUUUGAACAAUCCUGAUUAACUGCUGAAGGAUUCAUUUAAAAUGUUCAACCAAUUUUCCAUGUUGCUAAUUACAGAUGAGUAAUCACAAUCAGAAUUCAUAAAAUCGCAUUCGAUGUGCAGCCAUCAAAGUUCUUAAUUCUCACUCUCCAGAGAAUUUAUUUUUUUUAUUGCCAUGAUUUUAUUUUAGAUUUACUCUUGAGAGAGUAUUGAUUGUUGUAUUAUCCCGAUUUUACUUUAGAUUUUUUUGUGUCAUUAUUGAUAAUUAGUAUCAUUUUACUCGACUUUGACUAAAGAAGUUUGAAAAGUGUCUUUAAUUAGCUCAACGGCAGCUGAGUCACGCCGCAUUAGUUACUAUUUCUAUAAAGACGUCAUCUCUAUAUUUAAAAGGGUAAAUGAGUGUAUAUAAGUCACUAUUUGUUCAGGAUAUUGGUAUCCAUGCUGAAAUGAGGCAUUAUAAAUUCAUUCUUUUUUUUCCAUUUUUUGAUUUUGGUAUAGAUGGAAUCAAAUGACUUCCUUAAGAAAAUUGAAGUGAAAUCAAUACAGGGUUUGUUUCAAUAUUUACAAUACUGCUAGUAAAUAUCACAUGCCUUAUCCUUAUUAUCUGAAAUUACUUAUUUUGACGUUAUAAUUUGAACACUAGACGUGACGUCAUGAUUGACGUCAUAUAAUCAUGACGUCAUAUGAAAGAAAUGAAAAAGGUGUUGUUGUGAUAUUAAACCACAUAAGUAUUGUUCAAUGUAUCAAAAACCUAUUAUUGAUUUUUUAAGUUCAGUCAAUUAAUCUAUCAAUACCAGUUUGGUGCCUAUGGUACGGCAUUGAAAAGGCGUUGAAUAGUGUAAAUGAAUCCAACUAUUUAACUAACACUUCUUCUGUUGACCACCCUGAGAUUAAGUGUGAGAGACCAAUUAUUUUCCUUGAUGCUUACUAGUAUAGAUUAAUGAAAUCUUACCAGGAUACACAUACCGCAGGAUAUGGAGACGUUCUAGGUGACAUUAAAUUGAAUAUUCUUUAUCGAUAUAUACAACCUUAUAGCUUUCUCAUUUAUACGAUACGAAAGUACGUUACACAUAAUUUUAACAUUGUCAACUUCGCUUAUAGAUUUUACAGGCUUUGUCUUUUGUGAAAUUUCUCUUAUUUCAAUGACAUGUGUAAUGAAGUAUUCUGAAAUAUAUAUCAAAAUUGUUUUCAUUUUCAACAAGCAGUACAGCAUAUUCGAAAUAAGAAAAGAAAAAAGAUAGUGUAGCCAUAGUCUUUGUGUUCUAAUUUUAAUAGACGAUGUCAUUUUCAGUUAUUAAUUUGGAUGUAACAUUAAUAUAUAUGCUAUAACAAAAAAAGGAAUACAUGCUCAUAAAAAGAAAAUACCUAUAAACUCAUAUUUUUUUUUUAUUAAUCCAGAUGUGUAUUGAAAUUCUAGCUGAACAGUAGCUUUCAUGGGCGAAUGGCUUAUGAUUAUUCAUAAUAUUUUAACGAAGCUCUUCUUAAACCAAAAUCAGUAUUAUCAUAACAUGAGCUUGAAAACUUAACCCGACCGUACAUUUAUUUUUGUAUUAUUUUUAAUAGGCUUCAGUCAUCUAAGCUUGAACAAAUACAAACUAAUUGAGUGUACUCAAAUGUUAGGUCAAAAAUCACACGAAAAAAUCCGGAUACAACUGAGUUGUAAUUCGUAUUAAUUUAAAAUGAUCAUAGCAUGUAUUUUCCCGAAAAUUAUAAUUGAUUUAAUGACGUAUUAAUGUAUUUCUUGAGCGAUAAAAAUCUCGAAAAAAAAAAAUUUUUCGCUAAGCUUCUUCUACUACACCUAGACAUCUUCGAAAAAUCAUUCACAUUAUUUUCUGUCAUCAGCUCAGACUUGAAUAGUCUUAAAUAGAUUAUACAGUUAACGAGUGGAAUAUUCCAUUUAUCGAAAAUUGCCUUUGCAGUGACAAUAAAUGAUCUACAAAAGUAUGAAAGUUGAAAUACCAAGGAUAUAUUAUGUAUAAACUUCUAGUCAUAUAUUGCUACAUAACCACAUGAUCAAAAGCGUCCAUAUGUGAUGGUAUGCUUAGUAUUAAUCUAUAAUAUUGAAAAGCGUAUCUGAGAUUAUUCUUUUCGAAAAUACUAUACACAUAAGGUAACUGUAACAAAUAAUCUGGACGUGGAUCAUAGGCCAUUUUCCUAUUUAUAAAAGAAGUCUAUACUAUCUUUAUCAUAUCUUUAUUUUAAAUUUAGUAUUAACUUGUAUUUAUAGAUAUACAUUUGUACCUGUUAGGUUUUGUCUAAUUCAUCAUUUAAAGUAAAUAAUCGUAUACGUUCAUGCAUUCUAAUUCAUCAUUUAAAGUAAAAAAUCGUAUACGUUCAUGCAUUAAGGAUUUUGACUGCUAUUUAGAUGAUAGAUAGAAAUUUGUAGAAAGCAAGAUGUGAGUUAUGUCCCUUUACUUGCAGACCUCUCUUAUGUUCGUUUCUAACGCAUUUCUUUUUUCAAAGAUUCCCAACGACCUGAGAAACAACUGAACUAAAGUAUUGAAUGUAUUUGCUAACCUAUGUAGAAAAAAUAAUAUUCUUUCAUUAUGUACAUUUCUAACGUUUCCAAUCUCUUGAAGUGACCAUUUUAAUUUUGCCAUUUGAGUAUACUUAAGUUGUUAACAAUUUUUACAAUUUUUUAAUAUUUGUGAUAUUAAAAUGUGAUUUACAUUAA